AUGUCUGACCUUUUCACCACCAUCGAGACCCCUGAGCUCAAGUAUGAGCAGCCUUUGGGCUUGUUCAUCAACAACGAGUUCGUCAAAGGUGUCGAGGACAAGACUUUCGAGACCAUCAAUCCUCACAACGAGAAGCCCAUUGUUGCCGUGCAGGAGGCUACCGAGAAGGAUGUCGACAUCGCUGUUGCUGCCGCUCGCAAGGCUUUUGAGGGCGAAUGGCGCCAAGUGACCCCCUCGGACCGUGGCCGCAUGCUCACCAAGCUGGCUGAUCUCAUGGAGCGCGAUAUGGACACUCUGUGCGCCAUCGAGGCUCUUGACAACGGUAAGGCCUUCAGCAUGGCCAAGGUUGAUGUCAUCAACGCCGCCGGCUGCCUGCGCUACUACGGUGGCUGGGCUGACAAGAUCCACGGUCAGACCAUCGACACCAACCAGGAGACUCUCACCUAUACUCGCCACGAGCCCGUCGGUGUCUGCGGUCAGAUCAUUCCCUGGAACUUCCCCAUUCUGAUGUGGGCCUGGAAGAUUGGUCCCGCGGUGGCCGCCGGUAACGUUGUGGUCAUCAAGACUGCUGAGCAGACCCCUCUGUCGGCGCUCUAUGCCGCUAAGCUGGUGAAGGAAGCUGGCUUCCCUCCCGGUGUGAUCAACGUCAUCUCUGGCUUCGGUCGUGUUGCUGGUGCCGCCAUCUCCAGCCACAUGGAUGUUGAUAAGAUUGCCUUCACUGGUUCGACCCUGGUUGGCCGCACCAUUCUCCAGGCUGCUGCCAAGAGCAACCUCAAGAAGGUGACUCUCGAACUCGGUGGCAAGUCCCCCAACAUUGUCUUCGAGGAUGCCGACAUUGACAACGCCAUCUCCUGGUGUUGGUUCGGUAUCUACUUCAACCACGGCCAAUGCUGCUGCGCCGGUUCCAGAAUCCUGGUUCAGGAGUCCAUCUACGACAAGUUCCUGGCCCGCUUCAAGGAGCGCACCGAGCAGAGCAAGGUUGGAGACCCCUUCCACCCCGAGACAUUCCAGGGCCCCCAAAUCUCGCAGCUGCAGUUCGACCGCAUUAUGGGUUACAUCGAGGAGGGCAAGAAGGCCGGUGCCCAGGUCCUCACUGGCGGUAUCCGUCACGGCGAGGAGGGUUACUACAUCAAGCCCACUGUGUUCGCGGACGUCAAGGAGGACAUGAAGAUCGUCCAGGAGGAAAUCUUCGGCCCUGUCUGCACUGUCCAGAAGUUCAAGGAUGAGGAGGAGGCCAUCAAGAUCGGCAACAGCACCACUUACGGUCUUGCCGCUGCCGUCCACACCAAGAACCUCAACACCGCCGUCCGUGUCUCCAACUCCCUGAAGGCUGGUACCGUCUGGGUCAACAACUACAACAUGAUCUCGUACCAGGCUCCCUUCGGUGGCUUUAAGGAGUCCGGCCUCGGCCGCGAGCUUGGCUCGUACGCUCUCGAGAACUACACCCAGGUCAAGACGGUGCACAUCCGCCUGGGUGACGCGAUCUUCGCUUAA